CUCAUCGCAGCCGCAUCGAAGAAUCGAUGCCUGACGACUGCUCUCGAGUGGCGCCAUGGCGGCCUCGUCCGACUCCACUCGAGUGGUCGGACCGAGAGCAUCCGGCAAGAUGCCCUCGGCCGAGUUUGGAUCACAGGUCGCCGGCGUCGAAGGCAAACGGGACGAUCGACAGCCCGGCCUCACGAGAACUGUCACCUUCGUCUCCUCUGCUCUAGAAGGCGUGUACGUCCAGGACGAGGUGCUGAAGGUCGACGAGAAGUCGCGCAUGGCGGUGACGUCGGAGUUGGAAGGUGGGCAUCUGGCGCUCGGACUCGCGAAGGUCUCGGAGAUUUUGACUGCGGAACCCGUGGCUUAUGCGAACACGAAGACGAAGACGAACAGAGAGGUCGUGCUCGAGGACGAGCUGAAGCAGGCACACGAGGAUGCCCACCUCCAGAAGACCGAACAAAUGCUUACUGCCUUGAGCAGACUCAUGGAAGAAUACGUGAUCAAUAGCAGCAGCCGAGGGGCAGCGGUGCCGGCAGUUCAAGACUGAACCCAGUGAACUCCUUCAUAUCCUGCACGCCAGCUGCCUCAAGGAGUUCGUCAGUGAUCAUGAUGUGGGAGGAUGAAGCCUAACGGUCCGAAUGCACGAACGGAAUUGACAUUCUUAUGUCCGUUUUCGCUUCUGCAUACUUGUAACCCGAUCGAAAUAUUAUUCUCGAUCUUCUUUUAACAGAUCUGCUUUCCAUUACUUGGCUAGGAGACGGAUCAGCCACCAUGCACGCACACACAUACACUCACUCCGUCCAACUUCCUCGACUUGAAAGAAAGUUUUGCCGACAGUUUUGGAGCUGAUCAUGAUCAGCUUUCGAGCAUUGUUUUCAGCUAGUCUGUCCGCGGUGAAUCUGACGAAAAUCUCCGGGCAUUGUAGUCAUAGAAAUCAGCGAAAUGAUACGAAUCUGUAGUUCAAGGUCUUGAACUGAACGCCUGCAAUCUUGAAGCAGCAGGUCGCUUCAACAGAAACUCCUGGAUGUGGGGCAUAUACUGCUACUCAUUCACAAAGAUCUAUCUUCAAGUUCUGGGAACGAACGCUCUUACGACUUGUUUGUUUUAUCAGUCCUUGGGCAAGUUCACUGGCCAAGUUCAAUUUGUCCCAUAUGCUAGAAGUAAUCUAAAAAGAUAUGAAGAGAAGUGUCGUGCAAAAAUGUUUGACUUUUGGCUUCAAAUUAAUGGAAGUGUAGAGAGGGUAGA